UUUUCUCUUUCCUUUAUUAAGUAAAACUACUCUUAUAACAAAUGUAAAAUAAAAUAAAACACCCUAGAUAAUCAAAAUACAUGCAAAAAUUAAGGAAUCCAUAAAUAUAGCAACAAAAGCGGAGAACCACACAAGACUACAGCCCUUAUGUAAUGAGAAAAAUAAGGGGAGAUUAAUUAAAAUUUCUAAUUUUGACAAACCAUAGAUUUUGAUAUAAAAAUAGUUUAAUUGUGUAUAAUCAUCGCACCGCAUGUCUGCAAAGAAUAAAUAAAACAGAGAAAAGGAGAGGGGUAAAAAACUCUCUUUUCUCUGCAUCAUUUAUUCUCUGCAUAAAUUUAUAAUCAGAAAAAUGGGAAGCAAAGUAUUGGUGUCAAUAAUAUCCAUAAUUUUGGUGGUGGGUGUUAUAGUUGGGGUGGUAGCUGUUGUCAACCGUCCAGGAGGUAAAGGUGGGAUCAAGGAUAAUGGCAGUAAGGAUGACGAAAACCUGUCAGCUUCAAUGAAGACGGUGAAUGCCCUUUGUGCACCAUCUACAUUCAAAGAUUCAUGUAUUAAGAGUUUAGGUUCAGCAGCACAAAACGAGAGUGCAACCCCUCAAGACUACGUUCAAAUUGGGAUUCAAAUGGUUUUACAGGAGAUAUUAAAGGCCAGCAAUCUCACUGAUGCCUUUGUCUCCAAAGCUAAUUCAACCAAAUAUGUGGAGAGAACUAACAUGGCUAUUCAAACUUGUAAAGACCUCUACAAUUUGGCUGUAGAUCGCCUCGAGGGUUCCAUUAAAAAAGUUAAUGAUCCUAAAAUGUAUAAAGAUAAGGGUAUUGUUUGGAAUGUUCGUCUAUGGCUCACUGAUGUUGUCACUUUUGCCACUAGUUGUGUAGAUGAAUUUGAUGAGGCUGAAGCUCCUGAACUUCAAAAUAAGAUGCAGGAUGCUGUUGUCAAUGCCACUGAGCUCACUGUUAGCAUGCUCGAUAUCAUUACCAUCUUCAAUGAAGCUCUUGCAGACUUGGGUCUUUCUCCUGAUGCCAGCAAAUUGGUUGAGCUUUCAACUACAGUUAAUGCUACAUCCAAAGUUGUAGUUACUAGUAGCCGUCGCCUCCUUGGCAUGGCCGUUGAUGGAGAAGGCUAUCCGACAUGGUUAUCUCGUAGUGAUCGUAAGCUCUUAGGUGCCAAAAAUAUGAACAAGAAAAAGGGGGUUGGUAAGGGCAAGGGCAAGAAGAAAGGAAAGAAGGGAAAGGGCAAGAAGAAGGCAGGAGCUGCAGUAGCAGGAGCAGCAGCAGGAGCAGCUGCUGUAAUUCAACCGGGUAUGAAGCCCAAUGCUGUGGUUGCUCAAGAUGGUAGCGGUCAGUUCAAGACGAUCAGCGAUGCUGUAAGGGCACAUCCAGGGAAGAAUGCACAGGGUCGGUAUGUUAUAUAUGUUAAGGCUGGAAUCUAUAGGGAGGAUGUACUCAUAGGUAAGGAGCACACUAAUGUUUUCAUGUAUGGUGAUGGCCCUACAAAAACAGUAAUAACAGGUGACAAGUGUUUCGCAAAGGGAAUUCAAACUUCUAAGACAGCACCCUUUAGUGUAGAGGGUAUUGGGUUCUUUGCAAAGGACAUGGGUUUUCAAAACACGGCUGGUCCAACAGGCCACCAAGCUGUGGCUUUGAGGGUAAAUGCUCUUGAAGCUGUGUUCCAUAAUUGUUGGUUUGAUGGUUUCCAAGACACAUUAUAUGUUCAAGGUGGAUCUCAAUUCUUCCGUGAUUGUCAAAUUGCUGGAACUGUUGAUUUUAUAUUUGGUAAUGGUGCUACUAUAAUACAAAACUCAAGGAUACUUGCUAAGAAGUGUGACCCUAACCAAAUGAAUUUAGUCACAGCUCAAGGUGGUGUAGCUGUUAAUGAACCAACUGGUAUUGUAAUUCAAGGUUGUGAGAUACUACCUGAUAAAGACCUUUUCCCACUCAGGUUUGAACUUAAGACUUACUUGGGUCGGCCAUGGAAGAUGUAUGCAAAGACUGUGUUCAUGGAGUCUCUUAUGGGAGACUUGAUCCAACCUAUUGGUUAUGAACCUUGGGCUGGAAAUGCAAAUAUUAAUACUGCAUUUUAUGGUGAAUACGCCAAUCGUGGACCAGGUGCCAAUACAGCAAUGAGGGCCAAGUGGAAGAAUGUUAGGGUCUUAAAUAAGGCUGAUGCCCAACGCUAUUCAGCUGGUGUCUUCUUAGCCGGGGCUCCUUGGGUUAAAGCCGUUGGUGUUCCACUAAAUCUUCUUGUUGCAUAAUGAAUGUGUUUAGGACUCAGGAUUAACCAGACUUCUAUCAGUCACUGAUUUGCUAGACUUUCUUUACUGGAGUAUUAUAUACAUAACAAAUGCAUGAAUCAAUAUUUACCUUCUCUCUGUAUAAUUUUAAAGGUGUAUGGGGAAGGGGGGAAGUGAGAGAUUCAUUUUGAUAUGAGGAGGAAAGGGAUUUUUUAUGUAUAAGAAUUAAAUUGUCCUCCAUUUUAAUAAACACCAAUGUUGGAAAGA